AUGACAGUAGUUAAAGUUAUUUUUAGCGUUACAGGAAUCUAUGCGUGUUUUUUAACCUGGGGAGUAUUACAAGAAAGAGUAUCGACAACAUCAUAUGGAGAAUCACGGUCAGAUAGAUUUAAAUACUUCGUUUUCUUGAAUAUGAUACAGUCAUUUAUGGCAUCAAUAGUAGCAUUUUUAUAUUUAUUAAUCACAAGAAAAUCCAUCCUUGAUAAUGUUAAUUCCAAGUUAUUCAUAAAAUUAAUUCAAGUAGCAUUUUUCGGUACGAUUGGAUCACCUUUUGGAUAUGAAAGUUUAAAACACAUAGAUUAUCCAACCAUGAUCUUGGGGAAAUCGUGUAAAUUAGUACCAGUCAUGUUGAUGAGCAAAAUUUUAAAUAGAAAAACAUUUCCUCCACAUCAAUAUGUAGUGGUUUUUUUAAUAACGGUUGGAGUGAGUUCUUUCAUGUUAUUACAACCGAUUAGUGAAAAAAAGAAAACAAUGUCCUCGAAUUCAUUUUAUGGUAUAUUAUUAUUAACGACGAAUUUGUUAAUUGAUGGUAUAACAAAUUCUAAGCAAGAUCAAAUUUUUGAAAAAUUUAAAAUCACGGGACAACAAAUGAUGUUUUUUAUGAAUUUAUUUUGUGGGUUGUUAAUGUUCAUUUACUUAUUAUUACCUAUUAAUCAUGAACUUAAUAAUGCGAUAGAAUUUUGCAUGAAAUAUCCAAAAGUGUUGGAAGAUAUUUUGUUUUUUUCUUUGUGUGGAGCAUUAGGGCAGUGCUUUAUCUUCUUUACAUUGAUGAAUUUCGGUUCAUUAUUCUUAGUUACUAUCAAUGUUACUCGAAAAUUAUUCACUAUAUUAUUAUCAAUAUUUUGGUUUGAACAUCAAUUAAACGUUGAACAAUGGUUUGCCGUCUUACUUGUUUUUUCAGGUAUUGGAUUAGAAGCUUAUAAUAAACUAUCAGUUAGUAGUAAGAAACAAUUAGAUGAGAUUAAUAAGAAAAAACUGGCUGGAAAAACUUUAUAA